GCAGUUACCAAGGCAUUUGUGCGUUUGUACUUGUGCUGGCAAACAGCGCCAUCUUGUGAAAGUGAGCAGCACGUGCAGAGGCGGUGAUCAAGUUCCUGUCUGUCAAAUGAUGAUGAAGGAGGCGCCAAGCUUUUGAAAAUGCCCGCGUUUCGUUCUUGUUUUGAAGAAGGAUAGGACGUGUUUUACUACGACUCUAACAUUUCAAAAUGAGGAUUUGUAAGGGAACAUCAGAUAAGCAUGGCCUUGUGGCUGUGAUCUUUUUCUUGUUGGGAAUGGGAACUCUGCUUCCAUGGAACUUCUUCAUAACUGCAAUGAAUUAUUUCACUGACCGUUUGAGAAAUGGUACAGAUUCUUCACACUCACAGUCAGACCCGUACAUGUUUGAGAACAUGAUGGUGCUGUUAGCCCAGCUCCCCUUGCUGCUAUUCACACUGCUCAACUCCUUACUAUACCAGCACAUUGCGGAGAAGAUGCGGAUUGCGGGUAGCAUGGUCUUCAUAUUUCUUCUCUUCAUUCUCACGGCCAUUUUAGUGAAAGUUAAGAUGGACCAGGACCAGUUCUUUUCCAUUACCAUGGCAACAAUCUGGUUUAUUAACAUGUUUGGGGCCAUUCUGCAAGGUAGUCUGUUCGGUCUGGUCGGUAAGCUACCCCCGAGAUUCAGCUCCCUGUUCAUGAGUGGACAGGCAGUGGCAGGAAUCUUCUCGGGACUUGCCAUGCUGUUAUCGAAUAUCUUUAAAACCGACUCUGAGAGUUCUGCCCUGGGAUAUUUCAUAACUCCCUGUGUCGCCACUCUACUUACUUUGUGCUGUUAUCUCAUACUUCCGCAUCUGAGAUUUGCCCAACUUCAUUUGGAAAAUGUGUCCCCUAAAACUGCAGAGACACGGAAAGAGCCUUCAGCAGAUAGAUCUGAGAUGGUUAAAGUAAAGUUAGAUAAUGGUGACAAUGGAUUUGACAUCAUUGGUGAAACUGAAGCAUGUCAAAAGCUCCAACAAGAACCUGAGGGGAAGUCAACUGUGCCACAGGUCUUCAAAAAGAUUUGGGUGAUGGCAUUAUGUGUGACAUGCGUGUUUGCCGUCACACUGUCCGUUUUCCCGGCAAUUACUGUAAAUACAAAACCUUCUGGCUUAUUUGAAGGGAAAGAGAACAUCUUUGUACCUUUGUGUUCAUUCAUUGUCUUCAAUGUGAUGGACUGGAUUGGCAGAAGUCUCACUUCUCGUCUUCAGUGGCCUUCGAUGAAGAGUAAUUUAUUCCCUCUCUUCGUGGUAUUACGGGUAGUUUUCAUUCCUGCCCUCAUGCUCUGCAACGUUCAGCCUCGCGUCAAUCUCCCAGUCUUUUUCAAUCAUGACGUGGCUUAUAUUAUCAUAAUGUCUUUGUUUGCCAUGACAAGUGGAUAUUUUGCCUCCCUCUCCAUGAGCUAUGCUCCACAGCUUGUGAGGCCUAAAGAUGCAGAGACAGCAGGGGCUCUGAUGACCUUCUUCCUGACUUUGGGGCUCUCUCUGGGUGGCGCUCUCUCUUUCGGCCUUAAAAAAUUUCUUUAGGAAAAAUCUCAUAAGCUGACACUGCUGUCAUUAUCCACCAACAUAAACAUGUUACAAGUGAGUACUGUCUUAAGGCCUGGGUAUACUUUUUUUUCUUCACUCCGUCUAGUGCACAAUUGAGCCAGCAAACCUUUCAAAGUACACUCCAUUUCCCACAAGAAUUAAUGGACACGUUUGGUGCAUGCAUACAUGCGCUGUUGUCAACGCAGCAUUAAAAAAAAGGUUGCAUAUAGACGGUGUGCAUAGACAUCAGCAGAUAGCAUAGUUGACGAAAAUGUCACAUGAGAUGGAGCAAAACAGUUGUUAAAAUCCAAUGAAGAAACAAAUUUAGAUACUGUAGAGGUUGUACAUUUUUCUUUUAAUCUUAUGUAGUAUUUAUGUGCUUCAUUUCACUCUUGCACUUUUUUUAUGGCCUUUUUUUAAAAAGGGAAAUAUUUCACAUUUAAUGUUUUAUGGGUUUGAGUGUUUGUAUUUUAUUAUUAUUGGUAUUUUUAAUCAUUUUUUUGAAAUAUUUUAAAUUAUACCUUGUGCAACUGUUUUAUAUUUUGUAUGUUUUUUGUUUGUGUGUUGCUUUUUUUGGCCAACUUUUUAAAUAAAAUGUAAAAAUAAAUGCUUCAUGUGAUUAGUUGCUUUGACCUGUGGGUAACCGCAGAAGCCGUGGUUAGAAAUAAAAUAUUAGAUUUGCCUUAUGUGCAGUUUUGUGGGUUUAACACCAAUUGUCCUAGUUUUUAAACUAGGAUACUGAGCAACAUUACUAUUAUAUGCUCUGUAUAAUGGAAACCUCUUGACUAAUUUUAGCACUCAAGACCAAUUAAAUACACUAAGCAUUGGAUAUUGAUGUUUUCAUUAAGUUCGGACACACACACACACACACUAUAUGCUUUCAUUAAACAACAAAAUAUGAUAUUCUUUAGGAUAAUUUAUUUUUCUUCCUCAAAUGUAAACCAUUUGUAUGAAGGGAGAGCAUAUUGCUUAUCAAAUGCCAAUGUGAAGAAUGGUAUUCUGUCUGGUUUUUGUACUCUUCAAUCCCCACUGGCUUGUGAGAACUUUUCACCACCACCAGGAACAGACCAC